AAGUGUAUACAGCAUACCUACGACUUAUAGUUUCAUUGUUUCACAUUAAAUACACAUUAUAGCAUCGACUAAGGGUUUUCAAAAUGUUUUCGAAUCUGAUUUUCAUUCUGACGGCAGUUGUUCUGGUCACAAGUACUUCCGUGCCAACUACCUCCAACAAUUUUGAAAACCAAACUACAACAGAAUCUGAACGCAUCCCAACAACAACAACAACAACAACAACAACAACAACAACAACAGUAACAACCAACACUACCACGCCAUCAGCCAACAUCUCAACCGACCUUUCAACUCCUACCAUGAAUUCAAAUUCAACAGAUGACCUGGCAACAAUAACUCCUCCAACUGCCACAGAAUUCGAAACAAACCUGACAACAGUUACCAUUCCACCAAACAUAGAAGCUACAACUGCAGAUUUUUGUACCCGAUGCAGGAGUGAGGGGAAGAAGUGUUGUCCGUACGGUGGCAGUAUUCAUCUCUGCAUGCACAAAUGCGAGUUUGUAAACUGUGGUAGUGUUGUAUGUGAUGCUAAUUCGACUUGCAAAAUCGAGCAUGGUCUACACAUCUGUGUUUCCACUUUUAGUCACCACACCUCACACAGCAGUGGUGGCGGCGCUGGAAUAGCUAUCGCCGUAAUCGCAGGUGUUUUAGUGAUCGGAGGUGGAAUAGGGAUUUAUUUAUUGCGGAGACGAAGGAAUAGAUACAGAUCGUUGGACAACUACAUGUAAACGGCUACUGGACAAAUGUUCUUCAGUUUUGUUGCAAAACAGCAUUGUGUACAGAGUGAUUGUCAUUAUAUGUUUCUUUCCUCAAACAUACUAACCUAUUAUCUUCGUAUUUUUUCAUUUACACCUUCUGUAAUUUUUAAAAUUUUCCAUACUAAACAGCCUAUUGACUGGUGUAUAAAAAGAACCAUUUCCGUUCUAUUUCAGUAACUAUUGUUGUUUUUAAUUCUCUUGUUUUUUUAUACGUUUUUCAGUCAUCCCGAUUUUACAUAAAUAACAUAUAGUAGGCCUCCAUUUGGUAGUACACAAAAAAAACAGUCACAAAGAUGUAUCCUUACGGCUUGAAAAGCGCGUUGUUAAUCGUUAAACACACGAUUAGUUGAAAUGAUCCAUUCAGUUAAAAAUGUCCAUCUACUAUAAACAUGGUCUGUGAUAUAUAUACAUUUUUUUCAUUAAACAUUGUAAACAUUCGAUGUUCGCAAAGAAAAUAAAUACCAACUAAGUUUCCAUAUAAUGAAAACAUAUUUUUUAGGAAACCUUGGUAAUACAGAAUAUAACAGUUUCUGGAAAAAUUACAUUUCGACACAUUGAGCCAGUCAAACGGCACAUUUUGUAGUUACUAGCGUAAACAUCAAACCAAUCAGUCUGGUAGUAGCCAUGUUUUAAAAGCCAAUACCCAUAAGUUUACGUAUAUGUGGUAACUGAUGGAACACGAGGUGUGUGAAACCAUAGUAUACUGAAGUGAAACGAAACGUUCGUGUUAUAUCAACAAAAAAGUUGUAUCCACUCGUUAUUAUAUUACUGCUGAUCAAAUUUCUAUGCUAACUUCUUAAUACCAAUACACUAUACUAAUGUUGAAUGAAUGUAACUUUCUUUAUCCCCGCGUUAUCGGAAAACGCCAGCAGCAGACGUUAUAACACAGGCGUUCUGUUUCAUACACCUCGAUCCAGCUUACGAGUUCGUGUAUGUUACUUUGUGGGUGAUAGCUAAACCCCUGCAAGAUUGCAUCAGCUGAACAGAACACAUAAUUUUCAAAACGACCCGGACUUUGCCCUUAUGAGUCAUAACAUAAUUUACUCACGCGGUCAGUUAAACGAAUGUUGUCUUGUCACGUCACAAUAUAUGUAGCGGUGGUGGCGGUUUUGACGCGCUUAUUACGUCACUAUUCUCAUUUUAGUCUCACGGCCUGAUCAUUUUUGGCCACGUGGAACGGUUUUAGGAAAAAAACUUACAUUUUGGUUGCUAUAUAAGUGGUAAUGAUUUGUAGAUACAUUAUAUAUAUACUUUACCAUUAACAGUGAGUGGAACUACAUAGAAAAAGUGGAUAUUGUAUAAAAGUCGAACCGAAGGAGAUAAAAAUGAUACCUAGUUACCUUAUAUUCUUUGAGUUCCCUAUCGUGGCCACAGUGUUGGUUUUGGUUUGUCUGUUUUACUGGUAUCGUAGGCCCAAAAACUCGCCCCCGGGCCCGCGAGGUAUCCCGCUGUUAGGGGUUCUGCCUUUAUUGGGAAGAUACCCAGAGAGGACUUUGCAUGAAUGGAGCAAGAAAUAUGGUCCAGUUAUGUCUGUGAGAAUGGGGAGGCAAGACUGGUUGGUUCUUGGCGACCAUGGUACGAUACACCAGGCACUUGUGAAGCAAAGUCACACGUUUUCAGGUCGUCCACACGUGCCCACCCUGCACCGAAUAACACAAGGUCGUGGAUUAGCAUUCGUAGAUCAUGGACCCGCUUGGAAAGCACAGCGCAAAUUCGGGGCAGUUACUUUGCGAGGCUUUGGUGUCGGUAAAAAAGGCAUGGAAGAUAAGAUUGUUGAAGAAGUGCAUUACUUGAAUGAUGCUAUCCGUCAACAUGAAGGGAAACCUUUCAAUAUUUUGGCCAUUUUAUCGAAUGCUGUUUCCAACAACAUAUGCAGCGUCAUCCUUGGCAGAAGAUUCGAUUACAAUGAUAAAGAUUUUCAAGAUAUCGUGCACAAAAUGACGAGAGAUUUCACCGACCCAAAAUCAACAGCACUCACCAACGCAUCCGUGUUUGCUCCUGUGUUGGACAAUUUCCCACCGUUUGCACAAAACACUAAUCAGCGAGUCAACGACGCGAUGGUAGUAAGAGAAAUGCUGCUGAAAUAUGUGAAGGAACAUAAAGCGACAUUUGAUCGAGAAGACGCAAGGGACUUUAUUGAUGCUUUCUUGAAAGAGGCAGAACUUAGCAAAGAGCCUUCAUUUAACGACACACAGCUUCUCCAUUACCUACACGAUCUGUUUCUUGGUGGAACUGAAACAACAACAAGUACGUUAAGAUGGGCUCUCCUGUGUCUUCUGCAUUAUCCACAAACUCAAACAAAACUAAGAGAGGAAAUAAAUGAAGUCAUAGGCGACGGAAAAGUUAGUUACAGUUGCAAGGUUGACAUGCCAUACACAUGUGCUUUCAUACAAGAACUUUACAGAUACAGAACAUUACUGCCGUUGAGUCUUACCCAUAAGACAAACGAGAAAGCAAUGCUGGGAGAAUACACAAUACCCAAGUCAACUAUAGUUUCUGUUAACCUAUGGGCUGUGCAUAACGAUCCUAAUACAUGGGAAGAACCGAGCAUGUUUAAACCUGAGCGUCAUCUGGACGAAAGCGGGCAUUUUGUUCAAUCGAAACACGUCAUCCCGUUUUCCGUGGGGCCUAGACACUGCGUUGGAGAACAACUAGCUCGAAUGGAAGUGUUUAUUUACCUAGUUUCGAUGGUACAAAAGUUUGAGUUUCUUCCCGACCCAAAUGCUAAUGAGUUACCUGAUAUUGAAAAAGGUUCAAAUGGACCAGCAUUCGUACCCCAGAUGUUUGAUAUUGUUGCUAAAGUAAUUUGAUAAUGAUGUUUACGAUUUCUUUUUGCAAAAAAAAACGAUUAAAUUUCUUCCUGUUGUUUUGAUUUUAAUUUCCUUCUUUUUUAAUUAACCUUCGUUACUAUUUUCGUAGAGAUAAAUAAAAUGUAUAGUAGGGUGGGGUAAGAUGGGACACUUUUUCAUUCUAUUUCCUCGUCGUAUUUGGUAGUAAACAAAGAAGAUUCAAAGAAUUAUAAAAUCGUAUUCUCACGACUUCCAUAGACCGUUGUUAAUUGUUUAAAAAACGAUCAGGGUAUUUGAAUAUUACGUGUUAAAGGUGUCCCAUAUUUUCCCAUCCUACUAUAUGUUAUGUUUAAAUCAAAAUUAAGUAUUUUGUUCUUAUAGUAUAGCAGUGUAUAAAGUUUUGCGAAUUCUGCAAUAAAGUUAUGAAUC